AUGGCUGUUUGUUUAAAACCAGAUCUUUCCGAUCACUGCUGUUGCCCACCGAUGUCGGUUCUUGCUGAAGCAUGUCCACCAACACUACGUCCCAAGUCAGAUAGCAAAUAUUUCCACGAAGUUGGUGCCGAAAUGAUAGGCAACCAGCUAAUCAUACGCAUGGAAAAGGACAAAUCCAAGCGUAAACGUAAAAGCACUUGGGAGCCUCCGUGCGAUUGCGACGUUAUUGAAAUCAAAAGGCCAACAAGUACUAAGGGGCCAAGGAUUGUUAAUGGUGGCGAUAAUAAUCAGAUAUUGUUUAGAGUUCAUUCCAAGACGCAUUUGAAUAAAAAAAGUGAUCCGAAUUACAAACCGCAGGCAAUCGCAUACAAAAUCAAUCGGUGUAACACAGAACCAGAUAAUCAUUGUCGCAAGAUCACCGUUUACCCUCAUCUAGGUGGACCGAUAUCUCAAGAAAUUUAUACUGAUCACAUAACCGAGGGCUGUGAAGAUAUUUACCUCUUACGCGUGAAGAAAAAGAACGACAUGCCCGAAAACGGCAACAAGCGUAACUUGGAAGUAGAAUUGCAUACACCAAAACCACCGCCAAAAUCUAAGCUUACAGCAACAUCCGCUGAUGAAACUACUGAGUACAGCGAAUCAAAUGUCAACGGAGGCAAGAGUGGAAAGCAAGGUGGUAAGAAUGGCAAGCAAUGUGGUAAAAAUGCAAAGAAAUGCAGUAGAAAUGGAAAAGGCAUGAAGAAGAAGGAUGAUUAUAGAUGUCGUAAUUAA